AUGAUUGUAGCCGCAGAGAGCCGCAUGGAUAAUCAGUCACAAGUUGAGAGCAAUCAGGAUCUCAGAUGGGAAAAUAUGACAGCCAUUGUGGCUGCGUUUCCAGCCUUCAUUGAGAAGGUUGGCAGGCAGAACUCUGAAGCUCUUGCGAAGGGAGAUACGGGGUUACUUGCUGCAAUAGCAAGUCUCCGCUGGAUGCUCAUUGUGGCUCUACAUAAGAUCCAAGGCCAACCUCGUGAUUCCAACGAGCCAGGCUUUCUUGCCAGUUCUGCAACGCGAUCUAUGCUUCUUACCCUUGACAGCGUGGAGGGCUUCCGCAUAUGUCCUAUGUCUGACACCGAUCAUCAUCAUUUAGAAGCCCUCCUGCAGAAGAAUUCCAUAGACGCCAAAGCAGAACUCGCAGCUUGCAAUGUUUUGACCCUUCUGGAGGGCGUUAGUCACUACAAUUGGCCAGUGGGUGACUGGCAAUGGCCUGGUAUGAACUAUCUCCUCAAAGGACAACCAGACAUGUGGGAAUGGCCUACGGUUUUUGGAGUCGGUAGAGCUCGGGCUCCUGCCUCAUCUUGUCUGCGUGGUUUGCUGAAUCAGACUCGGGUGAAGGUGGCCAUGGGAGUGCCCACAGAUGCAUCAACGCUUCAAAGCCCACCCGUGGAUCCUCUGGUAGUACGUGUACUGCGCAAUCUUGCCAAUAUCGUCGAAUUCGGGCCAUCAUCAGCAUAUUCCGCUGCAGUCGAGGAUGAGUUCGAUACGAGCAGCGAGCCGCCGUUGGAGAGCAGUUCCUAUGACGGCAGUUACAUCCCGCUCAUGCAGGUUAUUGCCGACACUUCUGUGACGGAUGAGGCACCCAGUGAAAACCCCAUCUAG